UCUUCCCAGGCUGGGUUAGGUUGUAUGGGAGCUGCGGCACAGCCUUCCUGAGCGCCGAGAGCCAGGGUGGCGAGGAGGUGAGAGGGUUCUAAGGAGGGAAUAAUAUGUGCCAGUGGCUUCAGGAUAUAAAGUGAGGGUGUGAACUGAACCGUAGUUUUGGAGGGAGGAACACCCACAUUCCACGGUCCCCUUUCUGACAAGGGGAGACUUGACCUCUUGCAGGACUCCCAGACCAACCAUGGGAUCUCUGAGGUCCUCUUUUAGGGUCGGGCCUGGAUCCCAACCCCCUCUAUCCUGCCCUACCUGUUGGAAAACACCUGUCUCUGGGGAGGGGAUGGACAGGGUGAAAAAAGCUUGUCUAGGCUGCAGAGAAACGGCGUUGCCUGGGGCCCUGCCCCCUUCACCACAUCUGUACUCCCAUUUGGACUAUUCUUGCCUGACCUGGGACCCAGAAGCUCGGAGGAAGAGCCAACCCCUGGGACAAGACUUCUCCUUCCCCUACCCCAACCUAUCCUGUCCAGUCCUCGUAUCUCCCCUGGCAGCAGCCACAGCGGGCCCCGGCCGCUGUGACACCAUAUACCAGGGCUUUGCCAAGUGUCUCAUCCGCUUGGGGGACGGCAUGGGCCAUGGAGGCGAGCUGGAGACUGUCUGCAGGUCUUGGAAUGACUUCCACACCUGUGCCUCGCGAGUCCUGUUGGGCUGCCCGGAGGAGGCCACUGCCGUGUGGGAGUCACUACAGCAAGAAGCUCGCCGGGCCCCACACCCAGAUAACUUGCACACUCUGUGCGGCACCUCUGUGCACCUUCAGGAGCGCGGGGCAGGCCCAGAGACCAACCAGGAGACGCUGUGGGCGACAGCGCCAGCACCCGCCCGGGCCCCUGUGCCCCCUCUGCUGGCGGCUGCUCUGGCGCUCGCCUGCCUCCUGGGGCCUCUGGCCUAGC